CAAAAUGGCUACAAUGGUUCGAUGCAAGCUGGUGAAAAAAUAGUAAAAUCGAAGAAGUUUGGUUUUUUAAAUAAUUAAUAUUGAUUUUAACUAGUAAAACUGUGACUUGUGCUGGCUGGUGAAUUGAAAUAUUAGAAAACAAAACAUGUUUUCGUUUAGAAAAGACUUUUGAAAUUUGAGAAAUAUGUCAUGAGACCAUUUAUAAAUAUGCUUGUGUGAGUGCAUACUUUUGCAUGAUGUUCGAAAAAUGUAGUUUGCUGGCGAACCCUGUAAAGUAUCGAACGCAACACUGGUAACUCUGUGUCGAAAAGUGCUUGUAUGAGAAAACAAAAUGGCGACUUUCGACAAAUGACUUGUGAAUGGGAGACAAGAACGACGUGAAAUUUUUUUUGUGUUGAGUUGGAGAAAAAAAAUUUUAAUUUUUUCAAAAAGUGAAUUUUUCUGAAAAAUUAUUAGAAAUUUUUAGAAUUUAGUGUGUAUUUAAUGUCUGCAAUAAGAAUAAAGCGAAUGCAGCGUGAAAAAUAUCAUGAACCAGGAACACAAUGAAUCCUUUAACAGUAUAGGAUCGGGAGAUAAUGAUGAUACCCGCGAAGAACAUCAUGGUUCAGGAAGUGCUAGCGGUAGUUCCUCAGAAUCCGAUUCCGAUUCAGACAGCUUGUCAUCUUCAUCAAAUUCAAGCGGACCACGUAGCUCGCCCACGCCGCCUGAGAGAAAACGGGAACGUGAAAACAACGAUGACGAGAAUGCGCGGGAUGCACAUCAGCAUCAUCAGCGUCAGCAUCAACAACAACAACAAAUUCGAAAACGACAGCAACCUCAAAAUCCGCAAAAGAAUUCAGAAGCUGGACUUCCACCCACUGCUAUGGAUGCUCAAGAAGACACCAAAACAAAUGGUUAUUCGGAUGAGAACGAAAGCAGCGAUAGUGUUAGCAGCAAUGAAAGCAAUUCGUCCAAUAGUGAGGAUAAUGAAGAAGAAGAAUCAGCCAGAUGUAAACGGCAAAAUCAUCGAUCAAAUGAUCAUGGUAGCACUAGAAAACGUGAACGUGCUGGACGUUACGAAACUAGUGGUCACAUUACAAAAGCCAGACUUAAAAAUACCGCAGUCGCCACAAACACAACAAUUACAUCUGCCGCAAGAGAUAAAAAUACCUCAUGUACAGCCAAUACCCAUGAAGACUCCAAUGCCGAUGAUUCCAACCUCAGCAAUGACGAGGAUUCUUCCAACAGUGAUAACGGCCGUGCUGAACAAGAAAAAUCUAAAAAAUCGACAACCUGCAAGAACAUCAAUAUUAUUCAAACGUGUACUACGCUGCAAAAGGUACCAGAAGAAGCCCUGGAGAAAAAGACGACGACGGCCGCGGAGACUGAAGCAGUAAAAACACAAAAUUCCGAUUAUGAUGAAGAGGAUGGCGAUGAAGAGGCUUCAGAAUCAGCCGAAUCAGCUAAAAGCUCCAAUUCUUCUUUGGAGUCUCCUACAGAGAGCAGUAGCACCAGCAGUGAAGACACUGAAGAUGAUUAUCAGCCCACACGUCCGGCUCGUCAAACCCGCAAGCUCGCAACUGCCGAAAAAAUCAAGAAACCCAUCCGAAAAAAGAAAAAGAAACAGAAUUGGAAUUCUGAGGAAAGCGAUGAUAGCGAUGAUGAUAGUGACGAUUCUUUACCCGCCAGACGAAAGCCUCCCCUAAAGCACCAUAAACAACAGCAGCAAAAACGUAAUAGGAAGUCACCAUCAACGGAAGAAAGCGGCGAAGACAGCAAAAGGUUUGGCACACGGCGCGCUGCAGCAGCCGUCAGCUAUAAAGAACCUUCAGAAGAUGAAAAGACUGAUUCUGAAGAUUUGGUUGAGGUGGAUUACGGUGAGAGUCAGGCGGAAGCGGCUACUUUGGCUGCUGAGGAGGAAGAAAAGUGUGAAACUAUUGAACGCAUUUUAGCCAAACGUCAGGGCAAAAAAGGUUGCACUGGUAAUCAGACAACCAUUUAUGCUAUUGAAGAUAGUGGGGUUGAUCCCAACGAUGGUGUUGGAGAAGUUGAUUUGCAAAAUACCGAAGUGCAAUAUCUCAUUAAAUGGAAAGGUUGGUCUUACAUACACAACACGUGGGAAUCUGAGGAUACAUUACGCGAGCAAAAGGUUAAAGGGAUGAAAAAAUUAGAUAAUUUUAUUAAGAAGGAGCAAGAACAAGAAUAUUGGCGUAGGUACGCCGGGCCUGAAGAUAUUGAUUACUAUGAAUGUAAAUUAGAAUUACAAAACGAUUUAAUCAAGUCUUACAACAAUGUUGAUCGAAUCAUAGCCCGUAACGUUAAGCCGGAGGGCGUUAGUGAAUAUUUGUGCAAAUGGCAAUCAUUGCCGUAUUCAGAGGCCACUUGGGAAGAUGCAACCUUAGUGUUUCGCAAAUGGAAACGUUGCGUUGAUCAGUUUGAAGAGCGUGAAAUGUCUAAGUGUACUCCUUCGCGCCACUGCAAGGUGCUUAAAUAUCGUCCGAAAUUUUACAAAAUCAAAAGUCAACCAGAUUUUCUAAGUGAAUGUCUGGCAUUACGUGAUUAUCAGAUGGACGGUCUGAAUUGGCUUCUUCACUCGUGGUGUAAAGAAAAUUCAGUGAUAUUGGCCGACGAGAUGGGUUUAGGUAAAACUAUACAAACAAUAUGCUUUUUGUAUGCUCUGUUCAAGAUCCAUCAUUUGUAUGGGCCGUUUUUGUGUGUAGUGCCGUUAAGCACAAUGACUGCGUGGCAGCGUGAAUUUGAUCUCUGGGCUCCUGAAAUGAAUGUAGUCACCUAUUUGGGUGAUGUUAAAUCCCGCGAAAUGAUACGUCAAUACGAGUGGACUUUCGAUGGUUCGAAAAGACUGAAAUUUAAUUGUAUUCUCACCACAUAUGAAAUUGUUUUAAAAGAUAAAAUAUUUUUGGGUGCUUUGCAAUGGGCAGCGCUGCUAGUCGACGAGGCUCAUCGUUUAAAAAACGAUGAUUCUCUCCUCUACAAGUCCCUCAAAGAAUUCGACACAAAUCAUAGAUUGCUGAUUACCGGCACUCCAUUACAAAACUCUCUUAAAGAAUUAUGGGCACUGCUGCAUUUCAUAAUGCCCGAGAAAUUUGUAACUUGGGAAGAUUUCGAAUUGGAGCAUGGUAAUGCGGCCGACAAAGGUUACACCAAAUUGCAUCAACAACUUGAGCCGUAUAUACUACGUCGAGUCAAGAAAGAUGUAGAGAAAUCGUUGCCCGCUAAAGUUGAACAAAUAUUACGAGUUGAAAUGACUGCUCUGCAAAAGCAGUACUACAAAUGGAUAUUAACGAAAAAUUUCGAUGCUCUGCGGAAGGGUAAACGUGGUUCUACAUCAACGUUCUUGAAUAUAGUAAUUGAACUAAAAAAAUGUUGUAAUCAUGCGGCCCUAAUUCGGCCAUCCGAAUUUGAAUUGUUGGGAAUGCAACAAGAUGAGGCUUUACAAACGUUGCUGAAGGGUUCGGGAAAAUUGGUACUUCUAGAUAAACUUUUGUGCCGUCUCAAAGAGACAGGUCAUAGGGUUCUAAUAUUUUCCCAGAUGGUGCGCAUGUUAGACAUUUUAGCUGAAUAUUUGCAGAAACGUCAUUUCUCCUUUCAACGUUUGGAUGGCAGCAUAAAGGGCGAAAUGCGUCGUCAAGCUUUGGACCAUUUUAAUGCUGAAGGAAGUCAGGAUUUUUGCUUUCUUCUUUCCACUCGUGCGGGCGGGUUAGGUAUAAAUUUAGCAACCGCUGAUACCGUAAUUAUUUUCGAUUCCGAUUGGAAUCCCCAAAAUGAUCUGCAGGCCCAGGCCCGUGCUCAUCGAAUUGGUCAAAAAAAUCAAGUGAAUAUCUAUCGUUUGGUUACAGCCCGUUCUGUGGAGGAGCAAAUAGUCGAAAGAGCCAAACAGAAAAUGGUUUUGGAUCAUUUAGUUAUCCAGAGAAUGGACACUACUGGGCGUACCGUCCUAGAUAGGGGUAGUAGUGGUUCUACUAACACCACGCCAUUCAACAAAGACGACUUAUCGGCCAUUUUGAAAUUUGGGGCAGAAGAGUUGUUUAAAGAUGAACAGGACAACGAUGAGGAAUUGGUGUGUGACAUCGAUGAGAUUUUGCGUCGAGCCGAAACCCGCAAUGAAGAUCCCGAAAUGCCAGGUGACGAUUUGUUAUCCGCAUUUAAAGUUGCCAGUAUUGCAGCUUUCGAAGAAGAACCUGAUACCACUACGAAAGACAACGAAAAUGCGAUGACCGGGGAGCAGGAGGAAGACACUAAGGACUGGGAUGACAUAAUACCAGAGGAUUAUCGAAAAAUUGUGGAAGACGAAGAAAAAGCCAAAGAAAUGGAAGAUUUAUAUUUGCCGCCACGCCGAAAGACAACGGCCUCUGGACAGCAAGCGGAUACGCCAAAUAAAAAGGAAUCUGCAAGAAAAGGUCAGCCAGAUGACAGUAACGAUUCUGACUAUGAUGUUGGCUCAGAUGCCAGCGGUGAUGGCGAAGGUGGUAGACCUAAGAAGCGUGGGCGGCCAGCUAUGAAGGAGAAAAUAAUCGGUUUCACUGAUGCUGAAAUACGACGUUUUAUUAAAUCCUAUAAGAAAUUUCCUGCCCCGUUGAUGCGUCUCGAGGCUAUUGCAUGUGAUGCGGAGUUGCAGGAAAAGCCUUUGGCAGAGUUGAAACGUAUUGGCGAAAUGCUUCACGACAGAUGUGUCCAGUUCUUGGAAGAGCAUAAAGAGGAAAUCAGCAACUCAAAGAAGCCUGUUGACAACACUGAUGACAAUGGUUCCAAGCAAAGACGUAGCAGAGCCACAUUUUCGAUUAAACUCGGUGGAGUUUCCUUUAACGCUAAAACCCUCCUAGCAUGUGAAGAAGAAUUGAAACCCUUAAAUGAAUUAAUGCCAAGCUCAGCCAAUGAACGUCUCAUUUGGUCACUCGAUAUUAAAACAAGACCUGCGAACUUCGACGUGGAAUGGGGUGUGGAAGAGGACUCCAAAUUACUAUGCGGCAUUUAUCAGUACGGCAUUGGAUCGUGGGAACAAAUGAAAAUGGACCCAAGCCUCAAGUUAACCGAAAAGAUGCUGUUCAAUGAUGCUCGCAAACCACAGGCCAAGCAUUUGCAGUCACGAUCGGAAUACCUAUUGAAGAUUAUUAAGAAAAGUGUAGAGCUGAAGAAAGGUGUAGCGGGCAAGCAACGAAAGCCUCGUAAGCCCAGAACAGAAACGAAGAAUAUGUCCGUCAAUGCGACGCAUAAUUCAACACCAGAACGGAGAACACGUAACAUAUCAGAAGGCGAUGAAGCUUCGCAGUCCGCGCUCGCAGAGGCGGGAGCAACAGGAGAAAGACGGUCAAGAAGGGGAGAGAAUGGUUCCAAGCCGGACUAUAGCGAAAUGGAUUGCAAUUCGAAUGAUGUCGACGUUAGUAUGUCAUCAAUAUCAACUAAAAGAAAACAUAAACAUGGGACUCACAAAGAUAAAGAAGCAAGUAAAAGCUCUCGAAAUAAAAAACCUAGCACUUCAGAUUCCAGCAAUAAACCGAUGCAUUUUACUGCCAACAACGAGCCACGAGCGUUAGAUGUGUUAGGCGAUUUAGAUCCGAACAUUUUCAAUGAGUGCAAAGAGAAAAUGAGACCGGUUAAGAAAGCUCUAAAAGCUUUAGAUCGGCCUGAUUCGAGUCUUUCUAAUCAAGAUCAAAUUAAACACACGCGAGAAUGUCUAUUAUCCAUAGGAAAGCAAAUCGAUAUUUGUCUUGAGGCCUACAAAGAACCUGAGAAGAAAGAAUGGCGAAGUAAUUUAUGGUAUUUUGUGUCCAAAUUUACAGAAUUUGACGCCAAGAAAUUGUUUAAAUUAUAUAAAAGCGCUCUGAAAAAUGACGAAGAAAUCGGAGGUAAAACCUCCACAAAAGCGAAUUCCCAAUCACCUACCAAAAGGAUGAAAGAUGAACGCAUGGCACAAAAUGGCGAAACCGUAAACGAAGGAGGCAAAACGUUUAAGAAAAAGAAAAAAGAUAAAGAUCGAGAUAAAGAUAAAUUUGAACGCUAUGCAUCUACAGUUGACGAAAAGCCAGGUGUUAGCGGCCAAGGAGACAAAAAUAAACGUCUGGGUAUGAGCGCAACCGAUAUAUCGCCUCUGAAAAGGAAACGAGAUGAAAAUGAUUUAGGAGCUUUGGUUCCUGUGGGUAUUGGUGGCUCAAUGAAUGCAGAGUUAAAAGCUAUGUCUUUUAAACGCCUCAAUAUGGAUGCGAAUAGAGGAAGAAACCGUGAUGAACGAAAAAGUCGCUACCGUGACGAUUACUUUAGUCCCGGAAACAAUGACAGUUUGAAUCAUGAUCGUCGAAAUUCUUCACUACAUUCCCCAUCAACACCUAACAAUCGCGGACAUUUAAAUUUAGGUAAUAACCGCUUACCGCCAAGAGGCUAUUCUUCAGGUGGGAUGGGUAAUAUGGAUUGUGGUCGCAAUAACUCCUCUCCUUACGUUGAAGGUGGUGCUAGUGAACGCUGGAGGGGGCAUAGUCGGGAUCGUUACGGAAAUUCCGAUUACAAACGUGACCGUUAUGGUGGUGGUGGUGGUGGUGGUGGUGGUUAUCGUCGCGAUCACCGAGAUCGUGACCGGGAUCGCCGCAUGGAUAAAAGAAGAUAUCCACCGGCACAUAUGCCGCCUCAUGGUGGCUACGCCAAUCAUUACAUGCCGCCAAAUUAUUAUAUGGCAAAUGGAGUCUUGCCACCAGGCAUGGGUCCUCACGGUGGGUAUCGUCCUUUAGCGUCGGGCGAUCCGCGUUACAGUCAUGGCGGUGAUUGGUCAAGGGAACAUUAUGUGGCGGACUCCUAUCGACGAGGUGGGAGCGGUGCAGGCAAUUCGUCGGCAUCCAACAAUGGGAAUACCAGUGGAAUGGGAAUUGGUAUAACCGAAGGCUAUGAUAGACGUGGUCCACCUACAUAAUUCAUUGUAAUAUGUCUGCGUUCAAAAUACCUGCUUGCGUUUUUUUUUAGGACAUUUCUCCUCUAUGUACAGAUAUUUUUACACAGCUUUUAUAUAUAGUUGAAGUUUUGCGCCUCUCCAUUAUUCGGUUAAUUCUUGAAACGAAUCCUAGCCAAGCAUGGAACAAAUAAGUGAUUUUGUUAGAGGGACGUAGAAUUAAUUCAAGGGAUUUGUUAAAUGUUUGUUUUUUUUUUUUUCUUUUUCGAAUUAGCUACAAUUAAUUUUAUUUUUACUGUUUUUGGACUUGAAAAAUAUUUAGCUUUUGAAACUUUGAGGAAAAUGCUGUAAAAAGUAAGUGUUAAGUUAAUUUAAGAAAACCUUUUCUAUAUACAAAUAUAUACAUAUAUAUAUAUAUGUAUACAUAUAUAUAUAUAUAUACAUGUAUACAUAAAUACAUGAAUAUAUAUAUAUAUAUAUAUAUACAUUCUUAGAGCAGUCUAAAACUUAUCAUGCAUAAAAUAAUUUAUCAUCUUUAUGUGUAUACAUAUAUUAGAAUGGAACGAAUGUGGAAAAUUCCAAUUUGAAACUCACUUUAUGUUUUUAUUUAACUCUUAAUUUCAAACAGACAACAAUAUAAGAAAAAAAAAAAAAAAAAAAA